AUGUGUGAUGCUUCAGAUUUCGCAGUUGGGACAAUACUCGGUCAGAAGGUGGAUAAGAAGAUGAACUAUAGUGGGAAGAGAAAGGGAGGCCCAAAGGUAUCGGGACCGAAAUGGCCGGAGACUGCUGGCCAGGACAUGGAUGACUCGAUGAUCCCGCGACCUUAUGGGAUCCAAGAGCGCAUCCGUAUCUUGAGGAGGAUGCAGUUCAUGUCAAUGCGCUACCCGCACAAGGAAACGAUCAGGGAGCUGGGAAUUGAGGAGGAUGUCAACGAUAUCCUCUAUUACACGAGCUUGGAGACUUCACGAAGCUAG